CAUCGACAACAGUCAUCAUCAGUAGCGUCUCGCGAGACCGUCUUGAGUCUGCCUCCACUACUAAUACAACUCAGUAGCCGAGGUGUGGUGCGUGAUCUCGUGUGUUAUCAGCCUACUGUGUGUUGCUUUACCAACAGAUUCCGGUGUUAUCGCAAAAAUUAACACUUCGGAACAUAUUUGUGGCAUUGUUAUAUUUGGGAAGAAAUCACCGAAAAGAGCUCCUGCCAGCGAAAAUGAGUCGACUCUUCAGUACUGGUUCGGUUCUUGGCGCGGGUGGCAGCAAAAUGGCUAGCAACUUCCGGAAGGUAACGCACUGCAUCUUCGAUAUGGAUGGGCUGCUGCUCGAUACAGAGAAAAUCUACGAGAAGAUUUUACGAGAUCUGAUCAAAUCGUACAACUCGACCUACCCGUGGGCCACCCGCAUGAAGGUCAUGGGUACGACCGAGCAGAGAACCGUAUCGAUCAUAGUCAAUGACCUGAAGCUGUCCUGUACAGUGGAUGAGUUCUUAAAAAAGUUCCGUGAGAAACAGCUAGUGGAUCUCGCUGGCGCUCCUCUCAUGAGAGGUGCCGAACGGUUAGUCCGACAUCUGCACCAGAACAACAUUCCCAUCGCAGUGGCCACCAGCUCUGGGGCGGACUCGGUCAAAGUGAAAACGAAAAACCACCAGGAAGUGUUCGAGCUUUUCCACCACAAAGUUAUGGGUUCGUCCGACGCCGAGGUCAAGGAGGGUAAACCUGCACCCGAUAUCUUCCUAGUGGCUGCCUCGCGCUUCCCCGACAAACCCAGUCCAGAUCAGUGCCUUGUGUUCGAGGAUGCCCCGAACGGUGUGACGGCAGGAGUUUCAGCGGGAAUGCAGGUCGUUAUGGUGCCGGAUCCAAACGUGAACGAGGACCAACGGAAGCACGCCACGGUUGUAUUAAACUCGCUAGAAGAAUUUCAGCCGGAACUGUUUGGACUGCCGGCAUUCAAAUAGGACGGUUUUUAAUGAUUAGAUGCUAGCUGAUUUAAGAGUAGUAGGUACCCAUAAGAGCGAUAUGCGGACGGUCACUUUGCAAGUGUACUAUGGGCUAUAUCGGUGAAUAUCUUGACUCAGAUGAUCUGUCGCUUUAUUUUCACAUAAAAUGGAUAUAUUUGAUAUUUUCUAUCAUGUGAAGUAAA